AUGGUCAUACACCCUGUCACUUCUUGUGUGGAUUGGAUAACAAGAAGGGAAGUUGUAAAACACAAGGAUGAUGGAGUAGAUGAUGGUGGUAAAGAUGGACUCUCACUGGGAGACAUGGAAGACACAAUUGUUGGUUGGUUUGAUGGUGGAGCUGAUGGACCAACACUGGGUGCUAUGGAUGGCAGAACUGAUGGACUAAUCGAUGGACUAAUCGAUAAACUGCUUGAUGGAGUGAUUGAUGGAAUCUUGGAAGGGGUGUUGGAUGGUGCCGCAGAAGCAGAGGGUGAUACUGAAGACCCAAAUGGCAAAACGGAAGGGUGGGCUGAAGGUUGGUUUGAAGGUUGGUUUGAGGGACUAAUGGAAAUUGAAGGUUGUGUCGACCCAGCCAAGGGAGUCGCAGAUGGAAUGCUGGAAGGCGUGUUCGAGGGUUCUUUAGAAAGGACUGAUGGUGAAGAUCCGGUAGAUGGUGGUGUUGAUGGGAGGGCUGAAGGUGCACUUGAUGGAAAACUGGAACCAGAAGGAUCCAUAGACGAUUCAUUCGAAGGAAAACUAGAAGGUACUGCAGAUGGGGCUCCUGUAGGAAGAGCAGGAUCGCUGAUUGGCAAGCUGGACGGCGAGAGAGAGGGUUCCAUGCUGAGACUAGUGGCGGGUUGGCUGGUGAUUGGCAUGAUAGAGGGGCUUCCAGGAGUCGGUGUGGGAGCAGAACUGGGAUUUCCAGAUGGGACUCUGGAAGGCAAAAGAGUUGGUUGUUCACUAGGGCUGUCACUGGGAUUGACAGAUGGAAUGCUGGUUGUUGGGGCAGCAGAAGGGUUUCCAGAGGUAACCGUGGGGCUGAAGCUGGGAUUUCCAGAUGGGACUCUAGAAGGCAAAAUAGUUGGUUGUUCACUAGGGCUGUCACUGGGAUUGAUAGAUGGAACGCUUGUGGUUGGUGCAGCGGAAGGGUUUCCAGGGGUAACCGUGGGGCUGAAGCUUGGAUUUCCUGAUGGGACUCUGGAAUGCAAAAGAGAUGGUUGUUCGCUAGGGCUGUCACUGGGAUCGAUAGAUGGAAUGCUGGUGGUCGGUGCAGCAGAAGGGUUUCCAGGGGUAACUGUGGGGCUGAAGCUGGGAUUUCCAGAUGGUACUCUAGAAGGCAAAAGAGUUGGUUGUUCACUAGGGCUGUCACUGGGAUUGACAGAUGGAAUGCUGGUUGUCGGGGCAGCAGAAGGGUUUCCAGGGGUAACCGUGGGGCUGACGCUUGGAUUUCCGGAUGGGACUCUGGAAGGCAAAAGAGAUGGUUGUUCGCUAGGGCUGUCACUGGGAUCGAUAGAUGGAAUGCUGGUUGUCGGUGCAGCAGAAGGGUUUCCAGGGGUAACCGUGGGGCUGAAGCUGGGAUUUCCAGAUGGACUCUAG